UUGUUAAAAUCGGGCCGGGCUCGGCUGGUUUAAGUUUCCACAUAUGAUAGGCAGACGAGCCGGUUAGUAAGAUGAGAUUUGAACCAUAUUUGCAAAAAGAAUCAACAAAAUUAGGGCUGUAUUGUUUUGUUUGUUAGAUCAAUCAAAAUGUCAGACGCAUACGAAAGAGUAAAAGGGGGAAGGCUAACCUUCAAAGGAGGAGACGUAGCUUCACUUUCUAAAUCAAUCGACAAAAACAAGAAAAAGAAAAAGAAUAAAAAACCGAAAUUCGCCACCGAAGAAAUCCUCACCGGAGACGACGCUGCUGCCGCCACGGAAGACGGCGGAGGCGGUGGUAGUUCCGAAGCAGGCGCAGCAGGAGAUGAGGCUAUUUACACAAUCGAUGCGGCGAAGAAGAUGAAAUACGAAGAGUUGUUUCCAGUCGAAGCUAAGAAGUUUCGAUAUGAUCCGAAAGCGAAAGUGAAAUCGGUUGAGGAUGCGCUUGAUGACCGAGUUACGAAGAAAGCGGACCGAUAUUGCAAAUAGUGAGGUGUUUGUUUUUUUCAGCUCUGGGACGUAGCGAGAAGAUUUGGUCUGGCUUGCAUAGCACCAUAGCAUCAAAUUAGAAGUAGUUUCGGGGGUUGGAUAUUUGAUCUUCAAGCAAGAAGCUGCCUUUUCUUUUCAUUGUUGAACUGGAGCCUCUAAUCAGCCACAAUGGACAUGUUGUAACCUUGGUUUUAUUUGAAAUACAUGUGGGCUGAAGUUUGUAUUAAAAAAUUUACAUGUUUUAAUUGCACUCAUGAACUGGAUCCUGUUAGUCUUGUAGACCUAUACAGACUAUGUAUCUUUCUGGGUAUUUCCUUACAUCUGGUAUAUUUAAUGAUUUAUUAAUAGAAUGUCAUCAAA